AUGUCAAUUUAUAAUGAUAUUAUUAAAGAACAAACAAAAAAAGGUAACUUGGGUGGUAAAAAAGGUCCUUUAGGCGACAGUGGAAAAAAAGAUUCUAAUAAAUCUAGAAUUAACUUUUUUAUUAUUACUGGCAAAGUUGAAGAAGCACAUGAUAGUAAUGGUUUAGCUGACCCAUUUGUAAGAAUUGGUAAAAAAGAUUCUGAUGGUAAAGUAAAGUGGAUCCUUAAAACACCAGUAAAGAAAGAAACUUUAUCACCUUCAUGGUCUUAUGAAACAAACGAAGAUAUUGACUUGAAUGAAAUUAAAACAUUGGUUGUAGAAAUGCACGAUAAAGAUUUGUUAAGCAGUGAUUUUAUUGGCGAAGCUACAAUUGACAUUUCAGAUUUAGAAAACAAUGACAUUCUAUACGAAACCAUCCAACUAUAUAACAAAAAAAAGGAUAUCAACAAACCAUCUGCCUCUGUAUAUUUAUCUAUUAAAAAAAAUUAA